UUUAAUCUGAACAGAUAACAAGAACUCCAAGAGAUGGGAAAAGCAAGUAGAGUGAACCAAACUGCUGUUUCAGGCUUCCACCUUCUAGGAUUCUCUGAGCAGCCAGAGCAGCAGCCUCUUUUAUUUGGCCUCUUCCUGGGCAUGUACCUGGUCACCGUGGUGGGAAAUCUGCUCAUCAUCCUGGCCAUCAGCUCUGACCCAUACCUCCAUACUCCCAUGUAUUUCUUUCUAGCCAACCUAUCAUUAACUGACAUCUGUUUCACUUCUGCCUCAAUCCCCAAAAUGCUGGCCAACAUUCAUACCCAGAGUUGGACCAUCUCUUAUUCUGAGUGCCUUGUACAGCUAUAUUUUAUCCUUACGUUUGGUGGUCUUGACAACUUCCUUUUGGCUGUGAUGGCAUAUGACCGCUAUGUGGCCAUCUGCCAGCCACUCUAUUACAGCACAGCUAUGAGUCCCCAGCUCUGCGCACUAAUGCUGGGCAUGUGCUGGGUGCUAACCAACCUUCCUGCCCUGCUGCAUACAUUGUUGCUGACCCGAGUGGCCUUUUGUGCCCACAAGGCCAUCCCCAACUUCUACUGUGAUCCGAGAGCUCUACUGAAGCUCGCCUGCUCAGAUAUCCGCAUUAACGAGCUGAUGAUCAUCACCAUGGGCCUGAUGUUCCUCACCACUCCCUUCAUGCUGAUCGUCCUCUCUUACGCCCGCAUUUCCUGCUCUGUGUUUGGCAUCUCAUCUUCUGGAGGGAGGUGGAAGGCCUUCUCUACCUGUGGUUCUCACCUCACAAUGGUCCUGCUCUUUUAUGGGUCUCUUAUGGGUGUGUAUUUACUUCCUCCAUCAACUCACUCUGCAGAGAGGGAAAGUAGGGCUGCCAUUCUCUAUAUGGUGAUUAUUCCCAUGCUAAACCCGUUCAUCUAUAGCUUGAGGAACAGAGACAUGAAGGCGGCACUGGGUAAACUUUUUGGCAGUAGCAAAACCUUCUUCCCAUGCCAGUGA